AUGAAAUGUUGGUUUAUAGUUUCUGAAAACCUAUUAUCGGAUGUUAGAUGUGAUAUAGAGGAAAUUUAUUUUAGUGACAUUGUUAGACACAAACGUACACAUACGGGAGAGAAGCCAUAUCAUUGUGAGAUCUGUGGUAAAUCAUUCUGUGAACGUAAAGAUGUAACUAACCAUAAGAAGAUUCAUACUGGUGAAAAACCAUAUCAGUGUGAUAUCUGUGGUAAAUCAUUCUCUUGUAAAAGUCAUUUGGUUGAUCACAAUCGCCUUCAUACAGGAGAUAAACUUUAUCAUUGUGAUAUCUGUGGUAAAUCAUUCUCUCAUAAUAGUUAUCUGGUUACACACAAACGCAUUCAUACAGGAGAGAAACCUUAUCACUGUGAUAUCUGUGGUAAAUCAUUCUCUCAAAGCACUCACUUGACUAAUCACAAGCCUACACAUACAGGAGAAAAUCUUCAUUUACCUAGCACCUGCAAAGACUACCAAGGCAUCCCUUUAUAUUCAUUAGAAGAGCUAGCUAAACCAGCAAAUACAUCCCUACAACAGCAGUAUGGCUCUUUGAUGGAAUGGCCUUGCUGUAAUCCAUAA